AUGUCUUCAGCUAGACCAACGUCUGCAUGGGAGCUGCUGAUCACGCCACCCGCUCCCUUCGACUCAAUCGUCAAUCAGCCUGCUUCCGAAGCGCAAUCCGGUCCCACGAGCUCACAGGACUGGGCCACCUCAGCCUUGGUCAACUUCAGGCUGGCCAAGAUGCCUUGGGAUUGGGCAGGCGAUGAAGAUAUGCCCCAUUUUGAAGAGGUAAUGGCACGAGCGGACGUGUCUAAAUCAACGUCGCAUAUCCCCAGAAUAUCGUUCAGCACUCCCAGGAAUGAAGCAGACAUCAGGCGAGUCAAAUGUCGCCACUCAAGAUUGGCGUCAAUCUCACUAUGUCUUUUCAGAUCGGCCUGUGAAGUUCAGGUCACCAUACCUGUGCUGAAUAUUGCAGAAAAUUGGCAGAAAGAACUUGGUCUUCUGGAUUCAUGCAGAUUCACCAAGGGCCUCACGAUUGCGCUUGAAAUUAUCAGCGAGGAGGCACCCGAGCGCGUUCGCAUCCAAACCCAGAUUUUUGACCAUCCUCACUUCAAUAAGAUCUUCAUCUUCUCAGAUUGUCUUCCUGCGGCCACGCCCAGCGUCAACAUGCAACACGAGAUAUGGGUAACGUUCCAAAAUGAAGUAUCAGAGAUGGACACCGUCAAUAUGUCCGUAGAUGGAGUGCCGCCACCAUUUGCUGCUAACGCCUACCUCAAAGCGUCCCAAUUUUUCAACAUCGGCUCGCAAGAGGCGCAGGAGUCUGCUUCAGCGGAGGGUAAAUCAUUGUUAAAGGGUCUGGUGGCCGUGCAACAUGAGAUAGCCGGCCGCAUUAACGCAAGUGACGUUCAAACGAUUGCCAACGCACAAAUCUCGCUCAGCGAAGACGGUCACUUUGGGUCGGUAGCGACAACAAUGGCAAGCUUACAGCGUGCCAUCCAGCAUGGCUACCAUUACGGUGUUGACUACGUCUACAUCACUGACUAUCUCAACGUGAUCGCGUUGAGACUCCCCAGGCACGCGACUGCCGGAAACGCUUCGUCGGAAAACAUAUACGAUGUACAAUGGGCCCUUGUAGAGAGAGAGGAAGCAAGGCUGCUUCUCGCUUUUCUGCUUUGGAAGAGCAUGAAAGGUUUGAAGAAGCUUUUGAGCAAGGCAGAUGAAGUGUUUGCGCCAGCUACUGUGUAA